AGGCCACGUUUCCGGGCUCUGCGUCUCUUUCAGCGUAUAUAUAAACGAACAAAAGUUGCCUCAUACUCAUACAUCUUCCUCCUUCCGCGGAGGAUAGAGAUACAGCAGACAUGAAGGUCCUGAUCCUGGUCAUGUUGAUCGCACUUGCUGCAGCAAACCCAAAAGUUACCGCAGACGCUAAGAAAGACCCUGGUAUCGGCACUGAUCUUGAGGGUGUUGGGGACUCCAGUGGUCACGGAGUUGUCAGAGGCUACAGUGGUCUCACAGACAUGGCAGAUUUAGCCACUGUUGGUUUGGGGGUUAUCGGAAGCUCAGGUGGUCUCGGAAGCCUAAGAGAUAUAAACUCCCGUGAUCUUAAAGGCCUCAGGAUUCUCGAAAACAUGAAUGGUCUCAGGCGAUUCAGGGACUUUGGUGGUCUCAGAAGCCUUGAAGGCAUCAUGGACUUCAGUGGUUUCAGGGGCCUCAGAGGACUCGGGGAACUACGUAGUUUCAGUGGCCUUGGAGCAAUCAUGAGCCUUGGGGGUCUUAGGGGCCUUGGAAAUAUUGAGGACUACGGUGGGCUCAGGGGCCUAAGAGACAUUGGAGACCUUAAUGGUUUAAGGGGUUUCAGAGUUAUUGGAGAUUAUGGUGCCCUUGGGGGCAUCGGGAGAAUCCAUGAUAUCAAUGGUCUCAUGGGCCUCGGAGGAAUCAGAGACUUUGGUCUCAGGGGCUUGGGAGGUCUCGAAGACUAUGGUGUUCUUAGAGACCUUGCGACUAUCGGAUACUUCGAUGGCCUUGAUAAUCUCGGGUACGGCAUUAGGAGUCUCAGGAGACUCACAGGAAUUGGGAACCUCGGUGCUCUCCGUAGCCUCGGGUACGGCAUCAGUGAUCUCGAGUACGGUAUCGGUAGAGACUAUGGCAUCAAUUAUAAUCUACCGUUUCACAGCUACAACCCUGGCUUUAAAUUACCUACUUACAGCUAUAGUGUCGUCAAUAAAUUGCCUGUCUAUAGCUACAGCAUGCGUUAUCAACUACCUACUCACGGUUAUGGGUAUCAGAUGAGCUACAGUUGGUAAGAAAAAGUGCACGACGACUCCCUGACAAUCAACAAUUUCUACAGAAAAUAUAUACCGAAAAAGCUCAUCAAAUGAUUUCUUUUACAAAAUAUGGCCACUGUGAAUCAGUAAAAUUUCCCAUCACAAUCCAGUAUGUGUCUGACAACGCAUACUUCUUA